UGGUUCAUCUCCUCUGUUUUCAGGGCAACAGUCCUCUCACAUCUUAAAACGUACAACCUGUAUUAUGAGGGACAGAAUCUACAGCUGCGGCACAGAGAAGAAGAGGGGGAGCUGAUCGUUGAGGGCUUGCUCAAUAUCUUUUGGGGCCUACGGCGACCAAUCCGGCUACAGAUGCAGGAUGACCAUGAGCGAAUUCGACCGCCCCCCUCCUCCACGUCCUGGCACUCUGGUUGCAAUCUGGAUAGUCAAGGCUCCCCCAGUAACACAGAUGGCCAGCAGACGGGCCAGAUGAGUCCACCCACCGUGGAGGUGACGCCGCCUGCCUGUCAGCUAGAAGACAACGGAUUGGAAGAGGAACACCCAGAAGAGGACAGCGAGAGUUCAGCUCAGCUCCUGAGGACAAAGAGUGAUGCUGGAUUUUUGAGACGAGGCCAGCGGAGGUCCCCGAGCGACCAGAGAAAAAUCAGGCGCCACCGAUUCUCCAUCAACGGACACUUUUACAACCACAAGACGGCCGUCUUCACGCCCGCCUUCGGCUCCGUCACCAAUGUCCGGAUCAACAGCUGCAUGACCACCCCCCAGGUGCUGCGGGUCCUCCUCAACAAGUUCAAGAUCGAAAACAGCCCGGAUGACUUUGCUCUCUACCUUGUCCAUGCCAGUGGAGAGCGUGUGAAACUGAAACGGACCGACUAUCCCCUGGCGCUGAGGAUAAUGCAGGGGCCUUGUGAGCAGGUCUGCAAAGUCUUCCUCAUGGAAGAAGACCUGGGUGAAGAAGUCACAUACGAUGUGGCGCAGUACAUCAAGUUUGAAAUGCCGGUCCUGCAGAGCUUCAUCACCAAGCUGAAGGAGGAGGAGGACCGAGAGGUGCAGAAACUCAGGAGAAGGUAUAAUUACCUGCGCUGCAUCAUCGAGAGGCAGCUCCGGUGUCUUCCGGAAAGCACAAAGUGCAUGUGA